GUUUGUGUUUUGUGGAACAGCAGGCCUUACCCUGGCUAUUUGAGGAACGUAAGGGCCAACACUGACACAGUUGCAGCGGUUGCCUGUAAGCGGGAACGGACCCUCUCGCAGGCUGGGUCUGCCGGUCUGGCGUGGUACCGGCCGGCACAGCAGUGAACCUGGGCUUUGCGCUGUCCAAGAAGACCCGAGAAGGGGGUUGGACCCGCUGCAGGAGAUGAAACCAGACCCGGCAAAGCCUGGGGCACGAACAGUUCUCGGGAUGGUCCCACCUCGCGGCUGCUCCUGAACCUCCUUGCUGCAGUCACCUGGACGAAGGUGGAGAACCUCAGCCUGCGUUCACCACGUCCCCGCUCCGCUGGGAAACCAGGCUUGGGAGAAAAUCGCCAUCGCUUCCUCGCUCUUCUGUGGAUGUAACACCCUGGUGUCCUUCGUCACGAGCCUGGAGCUGUCCUCUAUCAGCUGGAAAGAAGAAUGUCCCUGCUUGGCUGACGAGGCGCUGUGGCUUGUCCCCCAGAUUCCCCUGCUCGACAAGUCCUUACUCAUCCGCUUGUUCAGAGCAGGGAUUUCACGAGACCCCCCCCCUCUGAGCCCCACGAGGACAUUUCUCGGCUGGUGGCCCGGUGGAAGCAGGAGAGCAAGAGCUGUAGGUGACGGCGGGGCUCCCGGAGGUGUGCCUGCCGCGGGGCUGGGUGCUCAGCUCCUGUAGCAGAGUCCAGAGGCACCUGUACAAGACCGAGGCGUGUCGGGAAACCUGAUGCCUCACCUCCUCCAAUGUGGAGGCGGAGGGAGGAGGGCCCAAAGACAUGUCCCUUCACGCUCGCAACAGCUGAAAACAGAGAAGGAGACUCGCUAGAGCCUUUUUGUACCAGCGCAGGAGGCCUCGCUGUCCCGCUCUCACCCCAGAAGCCCUCCUGUACUCCAGUACUCUGGGGGGGUGGCAUUCCCGCACCCGCCGGGCGAUGAACAUCACAAGGAGAAGAGGCUUUUACAGACAGGAGGUGAACAAAACCCUCUGGGAGCUGCCCAGGAGAUACACGUCCCUCCACCCCCUGGGGUCCGGAGCCUACGGCUCGGUCUGUUCAGCCAUAGACAAGAAGACAGGGGAGAAAGUGGCUAUCAAGAAGCUCUGCCGGCCGUUCCAGUCGGAGAUCUUUGCCAAGAGAGCGUACAGAGAGCUCAUGCUGUUGAAGCACAUGCAACACGAGAACGUCAUUGGGCUGCUUGAUGUCUUCACCUCCGCCACCUCCUACCAGGGAUUCCAGGACUUCUACCUGGUGAUGCCAUACAUGCGGACAGAUUUACAAAAGAUCAUGGGACAUGAAUUCAGUGAUGAAAAGAUCCAGUACCUGGUCUACCAAAUGCUGAAAGGGCUGAAGUAUAUUCAUUCAGCCGGAAUCAUCCACAGGGACCUGAAGCCAGGCAACCUGGCCGUGAACGAAGACUGUCAGCUAAAGAUCUUGGAUUUUGGCUUGGCCAGACACGCUGAUGCUGAAAUGACCGGCUAUGUGGUUACACGCUGGUACAGAGCCCCAGAAGUCAUUCUGAACUGGAUGCAUUACAACCAGACAGUGGAUAUCUGGUCUAUUGGCUGCAUCAUGGCAGAAAUGCUGACCGGGAAAACGCUGUUUAAAGGAAAAGACUACCUAGAUCAACUGACUCAGAUCCUGAAAGUAACGGGGCAUCCAGGAGAAGACUUCGUGGAGAAGCUGGAGGACAAAGCGGCUAAGAGUUAUAUCAAGUCCCUUCCGAAAAUCCCCAAGAAGGAUUUGUCCGUGCUUUUCCCCAAAGCCAAUCCGCAGGCAGUGGACCUGCUUGACAAGAUGUUGCAGCUGGAUGUGGAAAAGCGCCUUACAGCGACGGAGGCGUUGGCUCACCCCUAUUUUGACCAGUUCCGAGACAUCGAGGAGGAGACGGAAGCGCAACAGUCCUAUGAUGAUUCUCUGGAACAUGAAAAGCUUUCGAUAAACGAAUGGAGAAAGCAUAUUUACAAGGAGAUCUUGUCCUUCAGUCCCAUUGCACGGAAGGACUCAAAGAAGCGAAGUGGGAUGUCAUUAUAGCGACCGGUGCGGCUGGGAUUCACUUCUCCUGGAUGACGGUUGGAUUUACUCCACGCUGUCUUGCUGGUGGCCAUCGUUUUGGCCUGUGGGACUUCUCUGUGUGCCAACGCAAGGAUGACACCGUGCUGCGGCCAUUGGACUUCGUUCUACUGAAGGGGGAAUCACCCCGAACAGUUUUCAACACAAGAGAGAAAUAUAUUCUCAUUGAAACUU